CUCAAAGCUGCAUUGAUUGAUUUUAAGAAUUGGUAGCUCCAUCGAAAAACAAUUUUAUUUUCUUAUGUCUGUGCCAAAUCAAUCGAUCAAGCCGCUUCUCUACUCGAACUGGAAGAGUUCGUCCUCAUGGAGAGUUCGUAUUGCACUCAAUUUCAAGAACAUUGACCAUGAUUUGAAAACUCUAAAAUUAGCUGCUGUUGGUGGAGAACAGCAGUCGUCUGAAUUCCUAGAGAUAAAUCCAAUGGGACGGGUCCCGGCCCUAAUUGUCAACGGCACCGCCUUAAUUGAAUCUGUUGCAAUUUUGGAGUUUUUGGAAGAAAUGUUUCCUGAACCCUCUUUACUUCCAAAAGAUCAAGUUUCUCGGGCCAAAGUGCGAUCCAUUUGUCAAUUAAUUGUGUCCGGCAUCCAACCAUUGCAAAAUAAGAGCUCCGUGUUGAGUGCAAUUGGAAAUGAACACAAGCAGGAAUGGGCGGUCCAUUGGAUUAAAAAAGGUUUUGAGGCAAUUGAAAAGCUCCUCGAGAAUACUUCUGGCAGGUAUUGUGUUGGAGAUAAAAUUUCUCUUGCUGACUGUUGCCUCGUCCCACAAGUUUUCAAUGCAAAAGAAUUUGGCGUAAGCAUGCAGCGUUUUCCUAAAAUAAUGAAACUUUCUGGAGAGCUAGAAAGAAUUUCUGCUUUUCAAGAAGCUCACCCAUUCAAUCAGCAUGAUUGCCCUGACAAACUGAAGAAAAUCUGAGCAAAAGCAAUCUGGACAGCAUCCCAGUAGAGCAAGUUGCAUAGCCUCUCAUUUUUUGGUUAGGGCCAUCUGCAGAUGAUUUUGCAAACUUAAUCGAAGUUGAGCACCGAAAUUUGACCUUCGCUCCAUUGGAGG